AACUCAGUCAAGUUGGGAAAAACAUCAGUGUCGUGGUUAGAUGUCGAAAGGAACAGGAGUAAGAAAGAUUCAGUAGAAUCAGGCGCAGUGAAGCAGUCUGAAAAAUUGAGCAUCAUCACAGGAGAAUGAACACAGCCAUGAUUUCAGGUGCAGUGAAGCAGUUUCACAACAUUCAUUCCACGCGUCUCUCUCUCCUCUGUCUUUCCAAACCCAAAUCCCCAAUUAUGCUCUCAUCAUCAUGCUUCUCCACCAACAAUAAUAUCUCUUCUCCAAUCUCCAUUCGCUUCAAUUCACUAUUCCCAUACCGGAAUUCCAACAUUCCGAGCCUACACUUUGCAUCGCUGGACUCAUCGGAUUCCCUCCCACCCGAUCCCUCGCAGAUUCAAACCUCUGCUUCCACCCAGGUGGAGCAAAAUUCAAUUUCUAUUCUGGAGAUUCUGAAGCAAUCAAAUUCAUAUCUGCCUCAUGUACUCAUUGCUAGCAUACUACUUGCUCUAAUCUACCCACGUUCUUUAACGUGGUUUACCAGCAGAUACUAUGCACCAGCGCUAGGUUUUUUGAUGUUUGCAGUUGGGGUUAAUUCAAAUGAAAAUGACUUCAUUGAGGCAUUUAAGAGGCCAGCAGAAAUUGCCACUGGUUAUUUUGGCCAGUUUGUUGUGAAGCCUCUUCUUGGAUAUCUGUUUUGCCUGAUUGCAGUAACUGCUUUAGGCCUACCAACAACAGUAGGUGCAGGAAUUGUCUUGGUGGCUUGUGUUAGUGGUGCCCAGCUUUCAAGUUAUGCUACUUUCCUGACGGAUCCACAAAUGGCACCUCUAAGCAUAGUUAUGACAUCACUGUCCACUGCUUCAGCGGUUUUUGUCACGCCACUCUUAUUACUGUUGCUCAUUGGGAAGAAAUUGCCUAUAGAUGUAAAAGGAAUGGUGUAUAGCAUUACACAGAUUGUGGUGGUACCUAUUGCAGUUGGCCUGCUUCUAAAUCGAUUCUUUCCUCGGAUUUGUAAUGUUAUUCGACCAUUUUUGCCUCCUCUGUCAGUAUUGGUAGCGGCUAUCUGUGCUGGAGCACCACUUGCCUUGAAUGUUGAGACUAUGAAAUCCUCCUUGGGAGUCGCUAUCUUGUUCCUUGUUGUUGCUUUUCAUUUGUCAUCUUUCAUAGCGGGUUAUUUCCUCAGUGGAUUUGUCUUCCGUGAUUCUCUUGAUGCAAAGGCACUGCAGCGAACAAUUUCCUAUGAGACAGGAAUGCAAAGUAGCUUGCUAGCCCUGGCCCUUGCAAAUAAAUUCUUUGAAGAUCCAGUAGUGGCUAUUCCUCCAGCAAUUUCUACUUCAAUUAUGUCUUUGAUGGGAUUUGGUCUUGUCCUGAUUUGGACCAGAAGAAGAAAAAGUGAGACAAAAUACAGCUCUUGAAAGGUAUUGGUACAGGGAUAUGUACUGCAAAUUGGUCCAUCUUGUAUUGAAGCGAGCAUCAGUUCACCUUCCCAGGAGGGACCGAUCACAGUCACAGUGAUAAUAUCACAUGUAUUCAGGAAUCUCAAUUUAAGAUGCAACUUCAGGAUGAAUAAGAUCCAGGUCUUCAGUAACUUCUGUGAUUUAAUAUUUAUUACUUUGAACGCACGAACCAAGGUGCUGUCUAACAUAA